UGUGUGCAGUCUGCCGAGCGCGCAGCAGACGAAGGGGCGGGUCAGCCAUAUUGGACAGUUUUCAAUGGAGGACUCCAUUGAGGUGAUUCUGCAAGACCAUGGAAGAUUCCUUUCUACCAAAAGACCCCAUCCCGUUGUGUCGGCCGGCCUAGGCGCUCUGCUCACAGGCUUGUAUGGAGUAUGGAGCGUGUUUACUAUGCCUGGCUUUCGCAAAAUCCCACGGAACCUCAAGGUGCUUGAGAUUUCCUUUUUCUGUUUUUAGAUGCCUGCUUUCUUCUCUCCAACCUUCUCAAAUAUCAAAUGCUGCAUGUUUGUGUGAAAUCAAAGAAAUAAAGCCAAGAUAGAACAUUACUUGCGCAUUAACAAUAAUUUGCUUAUUUUGGAGCAAAGUGCUCUGUGCUUGCAACAAAUGUGCGAAAAGAAGACAGUGGUGAGUAUGUAACCAUGAAAUGCUUUAUGGAGUGCUGCAUCAUUUUCUGCGGUAUGUUUUGUGCAGAGAUCCACUUUUCUAACAUAAUGGAUCAUGCACUAUUUUUCCUUCACCGUCAGUACAAGAUGAACAAGAAAACAUGAUGAUCAGGAGCAGAUUAUCAGAAGUUAGGUUCCUUAUUUGCCCUCCAGCAAAGAUCAGACGCUGAACGUCAUGAAGCAGCUUGAGGGACGAACUGGUCGCUUGGCAGAUCUGGGAUCAGGAGAUGGGAGAUUGGUGUUUGCGGCCUCUGCUGCUGGUCUUCAGUGCACAGGGUUUGAGAUAAACUCUAUUUUGGUGGCCUAUGCUAGGAGCAAGGCCCGCUGGAAAGGAGUGCCCUCCAGCCAGGCAACCUUUGUAAAAAAAGACUUCUGGAAGACUGAUUUAUCUACAUACAACAAUGUGACAGCUUUCCUUGCUCCGGGAGUGAUGGAUUUGCUGGGUGAGAAGCUGUUGAAGGAGCUUCCCGAUGACGCGCGUGUCAUCGCUUGCCGUUUUUCUUUCCCCAACUGGACCCAACAUUCGUCUGUCGGCUCCGGUCUCGACCAGACUUUUGCCUAUGACAUCAGCAGCGUGCGCUCACGCCUGGGAAAUGUACCGUACUCAGUGAUGCAAUAAGUCUGAGUCUCUGGGUUAUUUUUGUUUGUUUUCCAGCACUGUCAUUCUCAACAGCACUAAACCCUCUAGACACUUCCGUUUUCAUAGACCAGAAAUGAACAAAACUGUGUUUUGUAUUUAAAGGGAUACCAGACCAAUGAAAACAGAUUUUUUAGCAGGUAAUUAUAAAAACGUUUGGGGAAAUAAAUUGGUGAUAUCUGUCAUUUAUUUAUUUAUUUAGCAGUGAUGCUUUUGAAAAAUGUAUUUGAACAUUGCAAGGAUGAGCGGGACUGUGACUAAGCAUGAUGUCAGGAUGAUUUUGACAUCACUUAGCCCCUACAGUAUUUGUUCAGUCUUUUCAUUGCCAGAACAGACGGAGCAUUCUUGGUGCAAAUACCAUUGUGCAUCUAGAAAAUGUCUGCGGCUGUAGGGCUCUUUCUAAAAGCUCUUCCACUACAAAUAAUUUGACUUCAGUGUCGACACACCGCCUUAGUAGUAUGGUACAGGAGGGAUUGCGUGUUUGUGUGUUAUUCAUUAGUUUUGUUCCACUUUGCUUUUGUGGUGUUGUAUUUCCUAAACAAAAUUUCCUAAACAUUUACAUUUGUUAGAUAACUACUUUAUGAAGUCCUAAUUGUGCAGCCUUGGUGAAGGAAUUUGCUCUCUGUAUAGUCUUGGGCAUAUCACUGAAACUUGUCAUACCGUUGUACCUGCAGUGAAAUGUAGCAUGCUAAUGUAAUUUUUUAUGAGUCAAUGCAAUAUACCUGCCUCUGCGAAAUAGAACACAAAUCUUCCAAUGUA